AUGUCGAAUUUGAUCAUCAAGAAUCAACUAAGAUCUAUAAGUUUACCUUCAAGAUCGCAUCCAAGCACGACGGGGAUCGAGGAAGCUCUUAACAAGGUUAAAGCGAUUAGCACCACGACGGGUUCGUCAGAAUCAAUCUUGAUGGGCUUGGCUGGUUUGGAGGAGCUAUACAAAUGUACCGAGGAGUUUUUGAAAAUGGGUUCGACGCAACGUGUUAUGUCUUCUGAUGGAUCCGAGUUUAUGGAGGAGAUGCUUGAUGGGUCUUUGAGGCUAAUGGAUAUAUGCAGCGUCUCAAGGGAUCUCAUGGUGGAUACUCAUGAGCAUGUUCGUGGUGUUCAGUCAUGUGUGAGAAGAAAGAAAGUAGCCGGAGGAGGAGGAGACCAACUCGAUGUCGCUGUCUCCGGCUAUGUCGGGUUUAGAAAGAACAUGAGAAAAGAAGCGAAGAAGCUUCUUGGAUCCUUGAAGAAAAUCGAUGGAGAGUCAUGUACAUCAUUAUCGGUAAACAAUGGCCAACAAGAUGAACAUCUUGUGGCGGUUAUAGAUGCCAUGAGGAGAGUGGUUUCGGUUAGUGUCUCGGUGUUAAAGUCGUUCUUGGAGUUCUUGUCGGGACGACAAAGUAACAUAAAGAGCAAGUUGGCUUCGGUACUAAAGAAAAAGAAGGAUCACCAUGACGCUUCCAAGAACGAGUUAGAGAGUUUGGAUUCCGCCAUAAGCUGCUCUUGCGAUGACCUACCAAAUAAGCUUGAGGAGGUUGAAGUGAGCAUUGAUGGAUUCGAAAAGAAUCUAGAAGGAUUAUUUCGAAGGUUGAUUAGAACACGAGCCUCACUUCUCAACAUAAUCUCUUGUUAG